CACAAAUUGUCAAUAUCAUAUUUGAUUUAAUCAUAUGUAAGAAUUUUUUAAACACUAUUGAAGAUGAAUUUUUGAUAAGAGAUGUAAAUAAAAAUCGUAAGCAUAAAAUCAAAUAUGCUCACAGCUUAUCUUUAUCUCCAUUACUAUUACUGUUAUCAAAAUAAUUUUAUUAGGAGCAAUUAACAGUGAAAUCCAAAAUAUUGAUUGCUAGUAUCGGGAUAACAAAUCUUUAAAAUAUUUUAAAUAUAGUGCCAUGGGAGCUAAUAGUAGUAAAAAGUUAGCAGCAAAAUGUCCCUUCUUAUCCAAAGAUGAGCAACUGAUUGUUAGUAAUUCUUUCAAACUUGCCAGUAAAAAUUCAGAAAAAAUCAAAGAGGAAGAGCUGACUAAAAUAUGGGGCUCACAAGUAGAUCCAAGACUGCUGCAAUAUCUAAACAAUUAUUUAUUCGGUUUAGGAGAUCUAAGACAGACUACAGUUGAACUGGAAAAGUUUGCUGAAUUAUUUGUAUUUUGUACAAGAGGAACCGUUGAUGAAAAAGUAAAAGUACUUUUAACUUCACUCGGAAAUAAUGAUAGUGAGAGUAGUGACAUACCUUAUAUGUUGGUAAAAGAGUAUGUCGAAAGUAUAGUUGCCUCUUAUAUGAAGAUUCAAAAGCUAAGUAACAAUAAACAGUACAAAACAUGGUUUUCAAAGGGUUGUUUUACAUUACCUCAAAAUAUUCAACGGUUAGCCGAAAGUUUAACACAUGAAUUAGCAACUGGAGAAAUUAUCACCAGACGAACUUUAGAAACGUGGCUACAAGGCGCCACUCUGUUAGGACAACUUCUACUAUAUGUGUCAAUGUAUUUGUUUAGUAUUACUCAUAAGGAAAAGGGAGGAGUAGCUACUGAAAAAACAGAAAUGAGCGAAGUUGCAGUUGGAAGUAUCUUGUACAUAUGCAAUAUGUGCGAUCAUAACUGUGGGGAUCCACAGUUGAUGAUCCAUCACAUGAACUUGAACCAUUCAUUUUCAAAUGAAAGUGACGCCCUUAAAGCAGUUACUGCAUAUACAGUCAAAGAGGUAUCGGAAGCCAAUACUGCACCUUCCUCAUCUGCUUCUGCGACACAAUUAGAUAAUAUAGAUAAAAAAGUGUGGACUAGGGAAGCAACUCUUAUAUUUAUUCAGUUGGUUGAGGAAAAUGACGAAAAUUUCCAAAAAUCAAUUAAAAAGCAUAUUUGGGCAAAGAUAGCCAGUUCUUUGAACAAGCAAAUGAACGUGGGUGUAACAUGGCAACAAUGCGACACCAAAUGGAAGUCUUUAAAAAAAACGUAUAAGGAUAUUAAAGAUUACAACGCAACAUCGGGGAAAAAUAGAAGAAAAUGGGAGUUUUAUAAUGAAAUGAACAACAUUUUAUUCAAUAAACCGGAAAUUUGUGCACCAGCUACAUGCAGUAGUAAUGCUGGCCUUGUGAUUAAUGAAGACAAGGAAAACCAGAAAUCUCCUCCAUCCAGUAAGGAAAAACGUGAAAGCACUCCAUCAACAUCAGGGAGUGAAACCUUUGAGUCCUCUUUUUCAAAAAAAAGGAAACUAGCAGACAAUGCAGUAGAACGUCGCCAUAAGGAAAAAAUUCAAAGGCAGGAUAGAUUUCUCAAUUGUUUCGAGGAUUUUGCAAUGGGCGGUCAACAUGGAUAUUGGGGUCUUUGGAUCGACAGCGAAUAUGGUAGUGGUCAAAGUAGUCCCACGUGUACAACAUACAGAAGCUACAAUCAACUCUCCCAUGCCAAAGAAUUUACCUUUCGACAUAUGGAAGUCUGGGGAAUCGGACAACCGCCUCCAACGCCUCAAGAAAAAGGGGAGCGAAUCACAGGGGCCGGAAUGAGCGUUCUUGAUGGAAAUUUGGAGAGCAAAGCCAUGUUGAAAAUGGCCGGUAAAACACUGCACAGUGAAGGAAUAGUAGAACCUCAGCCAGAAUAGUCAAAGCGAAACUUGCCUUUUCACACGUCUUAACCACAAAGAGUGAUAACUUAUUUUAAACUAACUGAAAUUAUACGGGAAAUCUCUAUUUUAAAAAUAUCAAUUUAAGUACACAGAUUUUUGUGAUAGUUAUAUUCAUAAUAUAAACUUAGGAAUUCGGUAUACACUUUAACACGGACGAAAAAUACAUAAAUGUUUUAUGACCGUAUUCACCAACUACAAAUACCAUAGGGAAUAACGAAAUAUUUCCUCCUGAUUAUCUGUCCGAGAGUAGACUGUUUACGGUCUUAGCUCAUUCCCGUAUGAAUCAAUAAGUGAGCGCAAGAGCCUAUUUCGUACCAUACUUUACACAUCCUCUCGCCGACUCGAUUAAAUCGUUCGCAAAUUCCAAUUCGAAGUUUCAAGUUUCGAAAAAUUUUUGGUUGUAUCGAGUCUGCCAGCCCCCUGUGUCAUCGAGACGAUUUGUUGAAAAUUUUAAGGAUAUAUUUUAACAAUUUGACAACUUUUAGAGUAUUAAUUAGUUGCAUUUAUAUUUUCUAUCUUACAUUUUGUCCAUCACUAGAUAAGCAACGUUUGUAUCACUAUACGUAUAGGGAAUUCAAUGUGUUAGAGAGAGAAGUACCUUUUAGGUCUGUAAGAAUGAG